AGUGUGUGUCUGAACCCAAGAGAUGGCUCUGCUAAUGGAGCACCAGUUCAGGCAGCUGCCAGCCGACAGACAGGUGGAAACCAGACCAUUUCUGGAGGCUGUGUCAUACCUUCCACCGUUCUUUGACUGCCUUGGCUCUACCAUUUUUGCACCAAUUAAAGCUGACAUAUCCGGCAACAUCACAAAAAUCAAGGCUGUUUAUGACACCAACCCAGGACGCUUCAAGACUCUGCAGCAAAUGGUGGAGGCAGAGAAGGAAAUGCAUGGAGCUGAGUGGCCCAAAGUGGGAGCGACUUUCGCUCUCAUGUGGCUGAAAAGGGCUCUGCGAUUCAUCCAAGUCUUUCUUCAAAGCCUGGUGGACGGUGAGAAGGACGACAGCAACCCAAACCUCAUUCGAGUCAACGUUUCCAAAGCCUAUGAAGUAGCACUGAAGAGGUACCACGGCUGGUUUGUGCAGCAGCUUUUCAAGGCAGCUCUGUUUGCGGCUCCAUACAAGUCGGAUUUCCUGAAGGCCCUGUCCAAAGGUCGAGACGUGAAGGACGAGGAAUGCUUGGAGAAAAUCAAAAAGUUCCUCAUCAACUUCUCCGCCACUGUUGACUCUAUCUAUGAUAUGUACAGUAAGAUGAAUGCUGACCUUGAAUACACUGUGUGACUGACUGACUGACGGACGGAUGCACCGCUGUCCUCCCGUGAUCGACUUAGUUUACAAAGUCAUGAUGCAUUAUGCAGACAACACUUGUGCUGUCUACAGGUUGACUCGGCUCACUUCAGGUCACCUGACAGCUCAGUGUGAGUGCAUUUAAGGCACAUCACUUACACAUCAGCACUUUUAAUCUUUUAAUAUUUCAUAUUUUCCUAAACAUAUGCAUGUUUAAACUUAAUGUCCUUGCAUGUAUUUU